AUGAAUAUAAACAACGGUUCAAAACACACCAUGUGCAAUACUUCUCGAUCAAGUCACACUGCUCCGCCAACGAUACAAUGUUCUGGUAAUUCUUGUACGGAGUGCAUGGAGCGAUUAAGCCAUACUAAGCCACCUACCGCUGCGAUCGCUGCGAUCGCUCCGAUAGUUAUAUUCUGUGGUGGGCACGUAGGGCACGGGUCACGUGCGCAGGCACUGCUGUUGUCAGGGCCUGAUAGAGGUUUGCAGGUGGGUUUGGUGCAAGUGGGCACGAAGGCCACGAGUCACGUGCGCAGGCACUGCUGUUGUCAGGGCCUGGUAGUGGUUUGCAGUUCAGAAGCCCAAAAUAUGAAGCAGAACAGUGAAGAAAACUGGUCCUUACUUUGGUGGAUAAUAGGGUGCAUUUCUCUACCUAUAGCCAUCCCAUGGUUGAUCUUUCAGUUGUUUGGCAAUAUACAUUCAAGGCGUGCGAGGUGUCAUCUUCGAGAUAAGGUUGUUAUGAUAACUGGAGCUAGUUCUGGAUUGGGUGAAUCUCUUGCACAUUCCUUUUAUAAGUGUGGAUGUCGUGUUAUACUAGCAGCAAGACGUGAAACUGAACUUGAGAGGGUGAGGACGGACUUACUAGCCAUGCAUGUGGCUGUACCAACACAUCUACCAGUAGUUCUGCCUUUAGAUUUAUCAGAUCUGAACUCUCUACCAGACUGUGUUACACAGGCACUGGCAAUAUUUGGCCAUGUAGAUAUUCUGAUACACAAUGGUGGUAUAAGCAACAGGGGUGAUGUAAUAAGCACUGAUGUAGAUGUUGCUAUGAAGAUCAUGAUGGUCAACUAUUUUGGCCAGAUGGUUCUAACAAAAGCUGUGUUACCAUCUAUGAUAGAAAGACGCAGUGGCCAUAUUGUCACAGUGAGCAGCAUUCAGGGCAGAAUUGCAAUUCCUUACAGAUCUGCUUAUGCAGCAUCAAAACAUGCCCUCCAGGCUUUCAGUGAUUCACUACGAGCUGAAUUAGCAAGAUAUAACAUCAAGGUGUCUGUAAUAAGUCCUGGUUACAUUGCAACAGCAUUAUCAGUCAAUGCUCUUACCGGAAGCGGAGAAGCUUACGGAGAAACAGACAGUGCAACUGCAAAUGGUUAUACGCCUGAGUAUGUGGCAGAGAAGAUACUGUCUGCUGUUGUGCAGUGCAAAGAAGAGAUGAUUAUAUCACCAGUUGUUCCUCGUCUUGCCAUGCUGAUACGAACACUUGCACCAUCACUUUAUUUCUGGAUCAUGGAAAGAAGAGCUCGCAACACCUCUGGUUAGAAGUUAUUAACUGUGCCAUCAGUACACAUUCUGUUAAUGUGUUAUGAAGGAUCAUUCAUUGAUAAUAUCUCUUGGUGGCUGAAGAAUGUUAACAGUGGCACUGUCAUAUGUGUAGUGACAGCAAGAGAAGCAAUAUCACCUCUUUCCACAGAUGGCAGAAGGGCUUCAGUUUUCCCAACUUAGGUGUUCAGGUAUUUUCCAAUUAAAGCAACUGCAGAACAGUGAUUCUCAAGCAAGUAUUUACCAUGACUACAUUCAUGAAAAUAAAACAUUCUGUGGCUGCCACAGUAAUAUUUGUUUCUUUUCCAAGAUAUGUGAAGAGAUUUAAUCACUGGAACAUGCCAGAGGAGGAAGAAAAACUAUUAGACGCUGGACUUUUUUAGCAUCUACAGAAACAGAAAUCUCAAGAUUGGAACAACACUUAAACUAACUUAAAUCAUAGUACACAUGACUUCUUUUGUAGUAUUCAUGAAAGCAUCUGAUAGUUGCAGUUAACUGUUCGUAUGAAACAGUGGGUAGGUCAAGACUUUCUGUUGAACGGGUUAGAUGGUUUCUAAGAUAAAGAAAUCUUCAGUAAUGAACUCUCUCUCUCUCUCAAACCUCUUGAGUCAGUCAAAGUUACAGAAUUUAAUGAGAGAAGUAUUUCAUAUUGUGUAUUGGUUUUGGAAUACAAUUAAUCAUUAUAGAGGAAUCUGAUUAACACUCUGAAGAUGAACAUCACAUACGUUUAGGUUUCAGUCAUGUUGUUUAUAUUUUAUUCUGUGUAAUAUGCCACAAACAAAUGUUUCACUUCAUCUUUUUUUGGCCAGAACAUUUGCUCACAUAUUCACUCCUUCACUUCCAUAGGUAUUUGGGAAAUCAUGAUUUUUUUUGUUAAGUAAGAAAAUGGAGUUAUGGAUUUCCAUAAUUUAUUUACAGUUAUAUUCAGUAAAAUAAUUGAUUUGCUGACUGGAACUGUUACAUA